AUGGUGAAGUUACUUCUAUCCAUAUGGAUCUCGAUUUACUUUAUGGCGGGCUCAUCAUUUGCAAGUAGUUCUUAUUUAGUGUCACUUCAUUCCCAAGAGACUAUCGAUACAUUCAUGGCCUACGACGCGACAUACCCGCAGGAUCUUCAAGUUGGCGAACUAAUCAAUUCAAAAUUUAAGAUAGGCAAUUUCUCGGGAUUUUCUGGAAGUUUCUCCAAGGAUAUCAUCAAAAGGUUAGAAAGGUGCCCUUUAGUAGAUGAAAUUGUUCCUGAUAUUACAGUUAAAGCUUAUGAUGCCGUGUUUCAAGAUCUGGCUCCUAGACACUUGGCAAGAAUAAGCAGAAGAAAACGAAUGAAACCAAUAAAAAAGUAUUCCUAUAUUUACGAAUCUGACUUCAUUGGUAAAAAAGUGAGUGCUUAUGUAAUUGAUUCAGGAAUUGCAAUUGGUCAUCCAGAAUUUCAAGGUAGAGCCAGAACUGGUAAAGAUUUCACUGAUGAAGGGCCAGGUGAUAACAAUGGUCAUGGAACACAUGUUGCUGGUUUGAUUGGUUCUCAUACAUAUGGUGUUGCUAAGGGUGUGCAGAUUAUUGACGUCAAAGCAUUAAAUUCAAAGGGAACAGGCUCGUUAAGUACUAUCCUUGUUGCAAUUGAAUUUGCCGUGAAUCAUAGGUUGCGUUCAGGACGAAUGGGUGUUGCCAAUUUGUCAUUAGGUGCGUAUAAAAACAAACUACUAAACAAAGCCAUUGAUCAAGCUACUCAAACUGGACUUGUGUUUGUAGUUGCUGCCGGAAAUAACAACAUUAAUGCAUGUUUAACCAGUCCAUCGAGCUCUCCUUAUGCAAUAACUGUUGGUGCUAUAGACGACUACAAUGACUCAAUUGCCAGCUUUUCAAAUUGGGGCGAGUGUGUUGAUUUGUUUGCAAGUGGUGCUUACGUAAAGAGUGUAAAUAUUAGAAGUGAUUUUAGACCACUGGUAUUACUGGGGACAUCAAUGGCGGCUCCUAUUGUCACAGGCUUGGUGGCAAAUUUGUUAAAUGAAGGAGUUGAUCCAGAGCUUAUAAAGGGGCAAUUGAUAGAAAUGUCAACGAAACACCGAAUCUCGAAAUCAUCGCUAUUCUUGAAAAAAAGAACUCCGAACUGA